CCUGGCACCCACGUGGAACAGACAGCUAGUGUCAGUCGCCGGGUGUUGAGCUCCGGAAGACUGAUUUUCUGGGCUGUGUCACCUGGUGACCGGUUGUCAUCAUGUCUAACAUCUUGGAGAGCAUUCUAACCAAUCUGUUACAGCCGGACAAUGCCAUCAUACAGCAGGCUACAGCACAGCUAAAAGAAGCCGUCAAAGACCCACUGAUUAUACCAGCGUUAUGUGAUGUUAUACGAAGUUCUCAGGACCCACAGAUUCGCCAGUUUGCUGCAGUUUUACUACGCAGGCGAUUAAGUAAACGAUGGAAGGUUAUGCCUGUGGAACAGCAACAGAGUGUGAAGCCUCUACUGUUAGAAGCCAUUCAAAGAGAACCAGAGCACAAGGUUCGCCAUGCUCUUGCACAGCUAUGUGCAGUGGUCCUUAGGAAUGAAAAGUUGGAGCGCUGGCCGCAAUUCAUUCAAUUUGUGCUACAGGCAUCUCACAGUAACAUCCCAGAGCAGAGACAGGUUGGACUCUUGGUUCUCCGCUGUGCUCUUGAUCUCAGUGCUGAAAUGUUCCAUCCUCACUUCAAAGAUUUAAUUAAACUUUUUAAUCAAACCCUAUGUGACCUUCAGAAUGGACCAUCGCUCUUCUAUACUGUGCAGUCUCUCACCAGCAUUGUGCCUGAGUUUGUUGGUAAUGAAACAAACCAGCUGAGGCCUUUGAUUCCUAAAUUAGUGACCGCUGUCAAGCAGUUAAUUCAAAUAAAUGAGGUUCAAGCUUGUGAAGCAAUGGAAGUCUUUGAUGAACUGAUGGAAAGUGAAGUGUCUGUUAUUGUUUAUUACUUAGCAGAGGUCAUUCACUUCUGUCUUGAGAUUGCUGUGAAUAAGUCUCUUUCUGAUGACCUACGGGUGAAGGCACUAUACUGCAUCCGCUUCCUCAUUAAGCUCAAAAGCAAGUCCAUCUUGAAGCAGAAGUUGCUGCCUAAGAUCCUCAAUGCAGUUUUUCCCAUAAUGUGUGCGGAGCCACCACUUGGGCAGUUAGACCCUGAAGACCAGGAAGAUGAGGAUGAGUUAUUGGAAGAUCAGGCAGAGGUGCAGUUACCCAAGCACUAUGCAGUUCAGGUGAUUGAUAUCCUGGCCCUUCAUCUGCCUCCUGAGAAAUUGUUUUCUCAACUGACCCCACUCAUGGAGCCAUGUCUUCUUAGUAAAAAUCCCUACGAGCGGAAAGCUGGUCUUAUGUGUCUUGCCGUUCUCAGUGAGGGCUGUGCGGAUCACAUCCGGAACAAGCACCUCCAGUCUAUGCUACAGUUGGUUUGCCAGGCCAUCUCAGAUGAGAGCCAUGUUGUCAGGAAUGCAGCCCUGUAUGCCAUGGGACAGUUUUCUGAACAUCUACAGCCGGACAUCAGUAGCUAUGCAGAUUCUGUACUCCCACUACUCCUGGAGUAUUUGUCACGGGUGGAUCCUUCUCAUACGUCUCACCUCACCAAGGCUUAUUUCGCCCUUGAGAACUUUGUGGAGAACCUUGGAAGCAGAAUUGAACCAUACCUUCCCACUCUGAUGGAGCGAAUAUUGGGGUGCAUGAGCAGCUCCAGUAGCCCCAAAUUAAAGGAGUUAUCAAUAAGUGCUCUAGGAGCUAUUGCCAGUGGUGCUGAAGAAUUACUAAGGCCAUAUUUCUCACCUGUCAUGGAAGUACUAAAAGUCCAUCUAAUGCAGACAGGGGAAGAAGGGAGACCAGUACAGCUGCAGUGUCUGGAAACCCUUGCUGUCCUGGUCUACUCACUAGGGAAAGAAUCCUUCCUGCCUUUGGCUGAAGAUUGCUGUCUCCUAGGACUCAAUUUGUGUGACAGAAUCGAUGAUCCAAGUAUGAGAAGUUGUGCCUACCACUUGUUUGGUGCUAUAUCAGAAGUUAUGGAGGAUAAUAUUUCUCAUCACCUUGAGAAAAUGACAACCUUGCUGCUUCUGUCCCUAAAAUCAAGAGAAGGAAUCGUGCUGCAUUACAAUGAAAAUCAUUCGUUCAUGUUGUUUGAUGACGAGGCUGUUGAUGAAGAUGCAAUAAUUCAAGAAGAGGAGGAUGAAGAUCCUGAUGUUGAGGGGUUCAGUGUAGAGAAUGCUUAUGUGGAUGAAAAGGAAGAAGCAUGCAGCUCUCUUGGUGUGAUUGCACUAAAUGCCAGCUCUUCAUUUUUCCCUUAUCUUGACUCAUGCUUCCAGGAAGUAUUUAAGCAUAUAGAGUCUCCUCAUUCCAGUGUUCGUAAGGCAGCUUAUGAGGCUUUGGGAAAAUUUGCACGUUCCAUGAAUCUGGUGUGCCAGAAGAACCCUAGUGAACUUAAUGCUGCAGCACUGCUUCUUCUCUUGGAUGUCCUCAUCCCUGCCUAUCUACAUGGUGCUGUACAUGAUAAAGAGCGUGAAGUGGUGAUGACUGCUCUAGAGUCUUUGAACAAUUUACUAAAAGAUGUGAAGGACCCAUGUGUGAGAGGACCCGAACAGCUGGAGAAAAUGUGUGCGGUCAUCAAGGCAGUGCUACAGAGCAAGACAGCAUGCCAGGAUCCAGAGGGUGAAGAUGACGAGCAGCAGGCAGAACUGGAUGCCAUGUUGGUGGAGUUUGCAGGAGAUGGAAUUCCACUGAUAGCUGCUGCAGUUGGAGGUGCAACGUUUGCUCCAUAUUUUGCUGGUUUUCUUCCAUUGCUGCUCGGUAAAAUGAAACCUAGUUGUUCUCCUGCAGAAAAGUCAUUUGGUGUAGGUAUUCUGGCAGAGUCCGUAGUAAGUUUGAGAGAGGCAGUUGUACAGUUUGUGCCCCAGUUACUUCCUGCACUAAUCUCCGGAGCACAGGACAAAGAUGAUGAAGUUCGCAGUAAUUCUGUGUUUGGACUGGGGGUUCUGGCAGAGCAUGGAGGUGCCGCAAUGCACAAACAUUACCCUAAGCUGCUUUCAGUAUUAUCAUCUAUAAUCAGCUGUGAGAAGAAUGGACAAGCUCUGGACAAUGUGUGUGGGGCAGUGAGUCGGAUGAUGUUGAGUCACCCAGAGGGAGUUCCAUUGGAGCAGGUAUUUCCUGUGCUACUAAGUUCACUGCCGCUUAGAGAAGAUUUUGAUGAGAACAGUAUUGUGUUUAAAUGCAUUGCAUUCCUGUAUGAGAAAAAUACAUCCCAGGUUGUCAAACACAUCAAUGACGUUGCAAGAAUAAUUGGUCAUGUUUUGGGGACAAAGGAAAUCCAACCAGACACAGAGGAAGCUCUAGUUAUGCUUUUGAGAAACAUGGCACAGAACUUUCCACAGGAGUUGCAAAACGCACUGGUGUCCCUGCCAGCUGAGGCAUCUUCAAAACUUCACUCUGCUCUUGGCGUGGCAUGAGGUGCUUCUUACCAUGUUUUAAUGAGAUCUCUUGAAUAGUUUGUUCCUCAACCAUCUUGCCACUUCCCAUGUACCUCUACACUUCUUGUACACUAAGAAUUAAAUUGUUCCAA